CUCCCAUCCCUCCCGCAAUCUCCCUCCAAAAAAAAAAAAGAACAGUAAAAUCAAGAAACUGAAGAACUGGAAAGUUCAACCGAAAUCUGCCGGCAUGGAUGUUACCGAGAGUCCCUCUUCUUCUUUUUCUUCCACUAAAAGAUCUCCCGAUGCGAAGCCCUUCCCUGCAUCUGAUGAGAACGAUCCAAGUCUUCAUCUUCGGCGGCUAGGGUUCUCUAACAUGAAGAAGCCGUCGCCGAAGAAGAAUCUGCCCACUGAUGGAGCUUCAAAGGUUACUCCUCCAAGGAACAAGGUCUUAACAGAAAGAAACGGAUCCAAACACCCCAUCGGAAACAUCCCCGUAUCCUAUUCAGAGCCAGUCAAAGCGAGCCCCAGCACCAGCGGUUCGAAGAUAUCUCCGUCCUUGUCGGCCGACAAAAUUGGCAAGGAAUCCGUGCUUCCUUAUGAACCGUUCACGAAUUACCUAUCUCCGCGGCCCCGGUUCCUCCGGUACGAGCCGGAUAGGCAGCGAGAGAUGGCACUUCGCCUGGAGAAAGAGGCGGGUAAAGGAAAGGAGGGAUCAAGUUCCGGUGGGAGCAGUGACGAGACAGCAGACGUCAAUGGAGAGGGAGCUGAUUCGGUUAGCUCCAGUGACAUUCUGAAGCUACAAGGGGAAGAAGAUCAUGAGGAUGGUGAUGAGGAAGAAGAGGAAGAGGAAGAGGAAGAAGAAGAGCAGAGAAGCUCACUUUGCCGAGAGCUGCUCAAGACCUUGCUUUUGCUUCUAGUGCUGGUAUUUCCAGCCUCAUCAUAUUUGUCUGACAUGAACUCGGCUCCAUCAAUAUCACUCGAAGUUGGGGUCAGUGAAGAUGGGUACCCAGGCAUCAAGAAUUUUACAUAUGAAGCUGCUUUAUAUGAGAGAGCUCUUGGGCUUGGAUGUGGCUUAAACGUCAUGAAUCAGGCAUGUGAGCUUGAAAAUGAUGUCGAUUUUCUGGUGAGGAAUGUGGACGGUAUUGGUGAGCUUGAAGAGCAAGGGGAGGUGAUUGAAUUUAAGUUAGGAGCUAUUAAAAAUACUAUUGACGACGGGAAUGAGGAGGCCGUGGUCGAUGUAGGGGAGGAAGUGGAGCUAAAUUUGGAGGGAAGUCAUCAUAUUGAUCAGGAAAUUGCUAAACCAGAUGAGGUUUCUGAUCAACUAACUGAAGGUUUUGAAUUGCAGCAGAGCGAAAAUGCAGAGAACUUGGACUGUGAAAUUCCUAAUGCCUUGGAUUUGGAAGCCAAGCUGCCAUUAGAACCAGAGACGCAGACGUCGUUGCGAAGUGAAGUUGAGGAAGAAUGGGGAAGAACUGAUGAGGAAAGUGAAGUAAAUUUGCCCAUCGCAAAGCCUGAAGCAGAAUCGAGCAAUGAAGUGCUUAUGUUUCGCACUGGAACUGAGUCGAGUUAUUAUGCUAUUAUUGGCUUAUUAACUGCGGCAUUGGCUAUUUCCGUAGCCUUUCUAUUCGGCCUGUUCUUGAAAGGCAAAAAGAAUCCGGCCAAUCCUGUUUGCUCUUCUCCUUUGAAGAAACAACCGUGUCCUGAACCUGUCGCUGAAGAAAAGCACAAGCCGCAAUUCCAGAUGAAAGAACAGAACUGCACCGACCCAGUUGUUCCAAAUUCAACUCCAGAUCCGUCUCCUCCCGUUCAUGCACUGCAGGAAGCCAGUACACAGUCUAACCAAAGUCGAGCACCAAAAAUCGAACUGCUUGGAGAAUUUGUGGUCGGAGAGCUAAGCAGCUCGUACAGGAGUAGAGAAAUGAAAAGCAAGAUAGUAAACAAAGUCGAAGAGAGCACAAAUUCUGUGUCCACAGAUAAGUCGGGGAUCAAGGUCGAUGUGACUCAGCCGGCUCUAUCGGAAUUUUCUUCGAUGAAGUGCCCUUCACAUGGAAGCUUCACGGCUGACAGGAACAUUGAGAAGCCACAGCAGGAAGAUGGAACGGGAGAAUCGAGGACAGCUGUCGUGACACCGGCCAGGCGAUCAAGCCGCAUUCAGAACACUCCAGUGAGGCGAUCUAACCGGAUCCGGAACCAAGCAAUUCAAUCUCCAUAAAGCGCAUUGCUCUUGGAUCAGUCUAGGACGGCAACCUCUGUUGCUUCAUUUUACGUCCCAUCCCGCGAGAACUACUCGGGGAGAUCAAAAGCUCCUUAGCAUUCUUUGUUGUCAUUAGAACUUUCAUUUAGGUUUGUAUGGUUAGGCUAUUUUCAAGACAUUUUGUGUCCAGUAACAUUUUAUCCGUGCUACUUGUUCUGCUCUGCAAAUUAACCGAAACUUCAAUGCCUUGGUCAAAUCAUGGUUUGUGUGAGCAAAGUGGGUUUCUGCAAAUCA